ACCCUAAUACGACUAAAAGACUACCAACCCUAAUAGUAAUUAUCUUACCAUAAUUAAUAAUUAAAACACUAAGAAAUAGGUUUCUAUCAGGUUCUUAAUCAACGCAAGUAUGUGCUCGACAUCCUUGCUGAGGCUGGUUUGGAGGCGGCAAAACCAUGCUCCACUCCCAUUGAGCAACAACAUCAGCCUGGUGACCUACCUUUUCCACCGACAGAUGAUCCCAUGUCAUAUCACCACCUCAUUGGUCGUCUUCUGUAUCUCACUGUCACACGUCCAGAUAUUACGUAUGCAAUGUACCUUCUCAGUCAGGCCAUGCAGCCGCCUACCAAAGCCCAUGAGGAAGCUGCAGUUCGUGUCUUAAGAUAUCUCAAAUCUGUUCGAGGUCGCAGGCUCUUCCUUUCUGCUACUAGUCCACUCACUUUAACGACAUAUUGCGACGCCGAAUGGGGUGGCUACCCUCUCACUCGUCGCUCCACGACUGGGUACUUCAUCAUGUUAGGUUCAUCUCCUAUUUCUUGGCGUACCAAGAAGCAGACCAUUGUAGCUCGAUUCUCUGCCGAAGCAGAAUAUCGUGCCAUGGCCAACACUGUGAGUGAAGUGCUUUGGCUCAGGUGGCUCUUUUGUGAUUUUGGCGUUCCAUUUUCAGCGCCUACUCCAUUAUUUUGUGACAAUCAAGCAACUCUUCACAUAGAUUCUAAUCCAGUUUUCCAUGAACGAACCAAACAUGUCGAGAUGGACUUUUAUUUCGUUUGGGAACAAGUUCUGUCUAGUGAUGUUGCUCCUCUGAAGAUUGCUACUUCUGAUCAACCGGCCGACUUAUUCACGAAGGGAUUAAGCGUUGACUAGUUUUAUUAUCUCUUCGUCAAGCUCGGACUUCUUGACAUUCACUCCUUCGCUUGAGGGGGAGUGUUGUGAUUCCUAUAGACAUUGUAUUAAACAUAGGGAUCGUCU